AUGAUGGAAGAACCAGCAGUUGGAAGGGUGUCUGAGCCCAACAUGAACGAGUGGGUCGUGUUCGAUUUCCCCAUCGACUACAUGAUAUGGAUGGAGAAUGUCUUCGAUCCAAUGCAUGUGGAUUUUGUUCACAACGGGACAGCUCUCACAAACGACAAGUUUGAGCCAAAGAAUGCGCUCCCUGUGACACAAUUCCGGCAGGCUAGAGACUCCAAAGCCAACAGUGGUUUUCAUCUCUCUGUUGGAAAGUUCAACAAGGCAGGGAAAAGCAGGUUGGAAAUGUGCUUCAAGCCCCCUUCCCUGUUGGCUCAGUCACUGAUGGUGGAAGGGGUACUUCCUGUGGACGUCUUGCAGUACUUUGUGCCUGUGCGGCCUGGACUCCUGAGGAUAUUCUUUGGCUCAAGGGCUGAAAAGCCCACAAAGAUCAACAAUGGCAUUCUUGGAUUCUUUCUUCCCCGGGCUUUGGCAGCUGUGGCACUGUGGUUUCGAGAGCUGCCACUACUUCUGCUGCCAUCAUAUAUCAGGUUGUCGCUCCGACAUCUUCUCGGCCCAAGUAACAUCAAGAACAUUGCCAACCAGGAUACCAGCGUCUUGCACAGCCAAGAUAAGCAGCUUGCCAGGGAAAACUGGGACUGGAAGCGUUUCUUCCUGCCCACCCUUGGGGAUGUGGGGGUUGCAGCUUUCCGACGGUGGGCGGACAAGUUUGCCAACGGCGGACCAGCAUGGCAUCGCUCUGCUGGGAAAAAUGCAGUGGAAGAUUUACGGCAUGUUGACCUGUUCAGCAGAUGGGAGCACCACACUCAAUGGUGCCCGACCUGCCGGAAGUCCGUCAAGUUCUUGGGAGGCCUGGAAGAUCUUCUGCCAAAACUGACAUGGGCAUUUGUGGCUGUGGCGGUUGGUCUCAUCGCAAAUACAUCGAGAAUCGCAUACCUUCGUGUGGCAUUCGGAGCGCUGGCGGCUGCCGCUGUGACACUGCUGGCUCGUUUCGAGGUGCAGAAGCUGCGCGCCAGAUUCCUGACAGACAUUCCGAGCUCAGGCAUUCCCGAGGUGGCCCAUGGGUGGCCAUCCUAG